CUAAAUGCAUCCAACAAAUCCUACCUCAUUACGCAAAUUAAAAACAUACUAAUCGGUAACACAAAUAUGAAAAUUAUGUGGAGCCCUGGACACGCCGGUAUUACCGGAAGUGAAACGCCAAAUUGACGGCAAAACAUACAUUGAUCGACUACAUCGAAAAAAAUGAGAUAAUCCAUAAUCGUUUCAAAACAAAAAUACAUAAAAGUUAAUGCUUGGAAUAAUGUGCAACACCACUAGGCUAUCUGCAACCAAGAGGGGAAAAACCUGCUUAUCCACCAAUAGGCCGAUGUCAAAAUAUAAAGGCCUUCACCUUUGUCAUACGUCAUUAAAGCAUUCCCACUUAUUAAAUGGAAAACGAAUUUAACCCUGCUUAUAAUGUAAUAGUACGUUCACAUAUAAGCAGGUUAUGGUUAACAAAAAUUAACCUUGAAGCUAACCUUGUUUCGUUCACAUAUGGCAAAGAUAACCCAAUUAAAUGAGAGAAAUUGACAGCUGUAUCCAUUUGUGUUUUUUUUUUUGUUUACAUAUUUUCUUCUUGUAAAAAAUAAGUUAAUAAAUGAGUGAUGGAUUCAAAAUUGAAAAAAAUUUUACUUUUGUUUGCUGCAAACCAAGAAGAAAGCAAUAAAUAUCUAGCUGCAUUAAAUUCCUGUAGCCGAGAAUAUAAAGUUGCUAUCCAACAAAGUGAGCAGGAAUUACGGAUACGAAGAGCUCGAGUAAUAUCGAUUUAUUAUGAAAUACUAAUGUUGACAACAAUACCUCUUUGUAAGAAAAUAAACCCAAGAAGUAUUUGGGCAUACAAGCGACAUGGGAACUUCUGGGAAAAGGAUGUUCCAUCAAUGAACGACCGCGUUUUUAAGGAAACCUUUCGCAUGAGCAGGGCAACCUUUGAAAUAUUGUGUGAAUAUGUCAAAGGUAUUACCAAACAGGAUUCAUGCUAUAGGAAGUGCAUCCCAUUGCAGAAAAGGGUAGCUGUUGCCGUCUACACAUUAAAAUCAUCGGCGGAGUAUGAAACUGUUGCACGACUAUUCGGUGUUUCGAAGGCAAUCGUCAGCGAAAUAUUUCUUGCUUUUUGCCAAGAAGUGUGGCAAUCAUUGCGUCCCAUUUAUUUGGCAGAACAAUUAAGCAAUAGUGAAAAAGUGGAUGAGUGUGUUCAUGGGUUUGAGAAGCUUGGCUUUCCGCAAUGUCUUGGUGCCAUAGACGGUUGCCACAUUAAAGUUCGGCCACCUGGGAAGGAUUGCACGGACUAUUACAAUUAUAAGGGGUGGUACUCCACAGUUUUAUUUGCCCUUGUAGAUUAUAGAUAUCGCUUCCUCUACAUUAAUGUUGGCUGCCCAGGUCGAUGCAAUGACUCAAAAAUUUUUCAAUGUAGCAAACUAAAUACUGCAUUGAAGGACCCAAUCUUCACUGCAAAAAGCAAAACUAUUAAUGGCGUGAACGUUCCUGUGGGCGUUAUGGGUGAUUCGGCUUUCCGAUUUGCCAACAAUCUAAUGAAGCCCUAUCCAUUCCAAGUACAUCCUCCAGAGCAUGAAAAAAUUUUUAAUUACCAAUUGUCCAAAUGCCGAAGAGUGGUGGGAAAUGCUUUUGGACACCUAAAGGCUCGAUUUAGGAGAAUAGGGAAAGGAGUCGACAACCACAUCAAAAAUGUUCCUCUUAUAAUUAAAGCAGCCUGUACAUUGCAUAACUUUUUAAAUUGUCAUAAUGAUGUCAUCAACCAAAAAUGGAUAGAAGAACAAACCACUUACGAAAAUAGUGUACGCCUGGAACAGCCCGAGCACACAGAUGCUGUAGCAGAUUUUGAAGCAGAACCUGAAAUAAUUAGAAGAGCGAUUGCGAAUUCAUUUUAUUCCGGAGUCGUCGACAGUCCUGCAAGCUCAUCGCUCGAAAUGAAUUGGGAUUGGCUGCUCGUCGAAGGGUAGAUAGCAGCGCAACCAAUGUUCUCUUCUGGUUCCACAUCUUGAAUUAAAAUAAAAUAAUAAAUAAAAGAGCAAACAAAAAUUCCAUUUUUUUAUUACCUAUACUCUCUUGCAUGAGUUCUUUGAAAUUUACUGCCUUAUUACCACUGAGAAUUUCUUCCACCUCCUUGUAGUGGAUCCAAGAGGAAGGCGAACCACCAGUCAUACCCACAGCAUUCUUUUCUAAUC